UUUUUUUGCGCGGACAAUUUACUAAACGUACUUGUUUCCGGUGUGUGGUGUAAACAGACGUUUGACAUUGGAGGCGCUAUUUAAUGUUAAAUAUGGUUUCAAUUACUCUGAAUACAGUCAAACAGAUAAUGAGAACAAUGGUAAAUAGUCCAGGCUACGACAGGGUCCUCAGUAAGGUAGAAGUGUUGUCCGCCACACCAGGGAAGGUGGUGUGUGAGCUGCGGGUGGAGGAAGAGCACACUAACCGUAUGGGGACACUACACGGCGGGAUGACAGCCACUCUGGUCGAUGUCAUCUCCACCAUGGCCGUCAUGUACAGUGAGAGGGGAGCACCUGGGGUCAGUGUGGAUAUGAACAUAACAUAUAUAAAUGCUGCCAAGCUAGGAGAAGAUGUUAUCAUUACAGCGCAAGUCUUGAAACAGGGACGGACGCUGGCCUUUGCCACUGUAGAUCUUACCAACAAGGCCACUGGGAAGCUCAUUGCACAAGGAAGACACACCAAGCACCUCGGUAGCAGCUAAAGGAGCCCCACCCUGUGCCUAAAGAUACUUACUUACUUGUCUAUUUAUUUAGGAAUAAAAAGUCACAGUUAAUGGAAA